ACAUAUGAGCAGUGGGCACUGUCUUCAGAAGAACCCACUGAGCCAGAUAUGGAUGUUACAGGUAAGCAGUGGUGUUGUUGUGGCCAUACGCAACGUACAAAUGCUUGCUUUUUUCCCAGGUCUGUUUGCAUAUAACGACUUCUAAGGAUCAAUAUUUGCGUAUACCCUCAGUAUAUCCACUUGUUUUUCUGCUUCAGAAGUCCAUAAUCUACUGUCUUUAGUUUCCCUUUAACUGUAUUGGAUGCUGUUUUGUGAAACUGGAGAUUCUUUGUUGUAAUUGGUGCAUUAUCACUUGAAUUCUGCCAUUCCCUGCCCCUGACAACUGUUGUCACCUGCAUCGACUGAGAGAAUUUGACAUUGAGUGGAGAGAGAGAGAGAGUCACCCUCACGCUGAAGCAGUAUCAGGUAAAAUUAAAUGACGAAAUAUGCCAAACGUCCAGUAAAAUGAGGAAUCGUCCCAUAAUUAAGGGAAAAAAUUGCGUUCCAUAUGAAAUCCAUACGCGAUGCAGUUUGUCCCGUAUUUUAGCAUCACACACCCAAACUGCUGAGAAUGUUUCACAAAUCGAGAGAAAUGGACCUGAAACACACACACCUUUCGCGUGAGUUGUGUGAGAUAUCGGCUGUUGCUUUACACGGAUGAUCAGUGACAAUCAGCGCAUGUUUUCUGUCAGAAGCAAGAUAAUUUUGUCAAAAUCAUAUAGCAUUCGAGUGCAUGUUAAUUGUUUCCCAUCAUUGGGAUUUUAAAACACCAGUAAACACACCUAUUCAUGACUGUCACAAUUAAUCACCUUUCUGUUCCAUGGACUUUUAUAUUGAAAUGGUUUUUUGUCCCAUGUCUUCAGUUUUCUCCAACUACAUUUCCCAUAAUGCACUGCCCUCAUCACUGCCAUCUGUUUCCAAUCCUCCUCACCUGUUCUCCAUUCCCUCAUUAGCACCUUCUUGUAUAAGUACCCUCCUGUUUUGUCCAUUCCUUUGUCAGUUCUUGAAUUGUUACUAGUUGGUUAUGUAUUAUGUUGAGUUGUUAUUUUGUUGUGUUCCACUCCAGCGUAUUUCCUUGUGUGAUUCCAUGUAAGAGAUUUGUUCCACUCCAGCGUGUUUCCUAGAUUGAUUCCUUGUAUGCCAUUUGUUCCACUCCAGCAUCUACCAUUAAAAGACUGAAAAGUUACUCCUGCAUCUCCUCUCUUCCACUCCACGAACCAGCGUUACAGAAGAACUGACCAAACAAAGAAUACAGACUCACUUACCUGUCCCUCCCAACGUCCAACUCGCAAGACUCUCCGCGAUUCCUCUCCACCUUCUACUCCAGCGAUUCCCUCUAAUCCUCCUCUCCUACAAGACCAGACCGACAGGAGUCAUGGAGCUGACUGGUUCAUUUAUGGAAUUAUUCAAACAAGACCUUCCUCUCCUGGAAUACACCGUCAAGUUCUGUCAACUCGUCACUUCCACCACUAUCUCGGACCCCUAUCUCAUUGCCAUUUACGGAAUGGGUUUGAACUUCCAUCAUCAGCUCUUCCAGAAGUGGAGAAUCUUCCCUUUGUGGAAUAUGUCCGAGCCACACUGUCCAUCCAUCACCCCUCGCAGCCUGCCACGGUCCCUGUCUCCAGGCCUGCCACGGUCCCUGUCUCCAAGUUGCAGUUCCGCCGCUCUCUAUAUGCGGAUUACGCAGUCAGACGAAAAGGGACUGGGCAAUAGUAAACCACUUUUUUUGGUAGGACUACACCACUGCAGCUUGUGCAAGCCGAUCAUCCUUGCAGAAGACACCCCAGCGCUCCUCACACAUGGCUGCACUGGAAAAUCAACCUUCACAAAAGCUUUCUGAUCUAACUGAAGAACUUCUACUGCCAGAAGGUUGGAAGCAGACGCUCCCCAAAGAGCAACAUCUGUGGGUCAGCAAGGCUCUCUUCACCAGAGACGCAUCUGGGAAGUUGACGCUGACUGAACCUCUGCAACUGUGGUGGUCUCCUCCUGGACCCCAGAUGCUAUAUUCACAGCCUCCUCUUUCACCGGACCCGUUCUUUCACAGCAGGCUGUUCCUUUGGAUGCCCUACCACAUGUGGGGAUAUAGACUUCUGUGCACAAAGCCCAACUGCCGUCGCCUUGGCAACCAUUUGACAGCUUGCGGGCUGUACAAGACUGUUCGGAGGGUUUUGGACCUGAGUGGGUGGUACUUCAUGGUAACAGAGUACCUGGAGUGCUGUUCCUGUAAGAAGAAAGUGGCGGGCUGGUCGCAGGAUAUUAUGGAUCAGCUGGAUCCCAUCCAUUGUGAGAAAUUCCCAGCAAUCCUGACCUACAGAUUGUCCUGCGACAAGGAGAUUGUCAGACUGAUGCGAGGUCAAACACCAGGAAACAGUGCAACCACACUGUACCGGCACCUGCGUGUCAGGCACAAAGAGCAGUGGCUGGUCCAGUCUGCAGAGUACUUCUCUGUACUAAACAAGUUUCAAGAUCCCAGCACCCUUACUGCCAGGCUGCCACAGAUGAUGCCAUUGCCUUCUCCGUCAUUGCUGUUGUCAGUAUAUGUAAAGGAUGUACUGGCACGGCUCGGAGAAAUGAAGGCCAGGGUCACUUCCAUCUAUGGCUCCAUCCUGAAAAUGGCAUACACCAAGAAGGUCACUCAGAAACAUGCUGCAGAUUCAGCUGUGUGGACCAUAAGCAUGGGGAAUGAGGUUGGUCAGGUCCUAAUGUGUGUCUUAACCCAAGCAGAAGGAGAGGGCCUGCUUCCUAUGUGCUCCGGGUUGAUGGAGCGUUACCGGCGGGCUGGAGAGGCUCCUCCAAAAGUCCUCUAUGUGGACCGUGAAUGCUGUGCCACUCUGGGGAAGGGCAAAGCAGCUGCCAUGUUCCAUGAGUGGGACCAACUGGUCGUCAGACUCGACGUGUACCAUUUUAUUCACCAAUUCGCAGCAGGUAUCACUUCAGAAAACCACACGCUGUACAGUGUCUUCAUGGGACGCCUCUUCUCUUGCAUCUUUGAGUGGGAUGCAGCGGAUUUAGAAAGACUGCUAGAAUCCAAGCAGUCAGAGCUGCGACAGUCCGCGGGUUUCUUAACCAGAGCACCCAGCAAGCCCACUGCCAAAGAGUUGGCAAGGCAUUGCCGACACUACACACGUGGGGCUCAUGUGACCGAACAGCUCAUUGAGCAGCUGUUGAAAGACUUCAUGGAGGCUACAGACAUGAUGGGCAUCAGACUUGUGGACCAGGAGAGGAUGAUGGAGAUCUGGAGAACCCAGCGAUGCCAUCUUUCCUGUAUCCAGGAUCCUCCAGAUGUGCAGCUUUAUAGGAAGGUUGGAGAGGUGACUAGAGGAGGGGUCAAUCUGCCUGUGUACAACUGUGCACGUGACUUUGCGUCCAUUGAUUCAUUCCACUGGCAUCUAAACCACUUCAUUCCAGUGACAUGUUCAAAGGACUUGCACUUCCACGUUUACCUACUGGAGGGGCUAGUGCAAUGGAACGAGGCUCGUGCAGAAGGUGGCAAUGGACAAGGCAUCUACUAUGGCAGUCAAUUGCAGCAAUAUGUAAACCGUCUGAGCCAGAUGUUUCUUGGCUGUAAAUUGGAUGAAGAUCACACCAACUCGGGAAAGUAUACUGGUGAGCUCAUAGGGGUGGAGUAUCUGUACUCCCAAACCAACAGAGUGUUGGAGGUGGACGACAUUAUGGAUCCCGAUACUCCGGAUGAGAAUGGAAGUGAUGAGGACCUGGAAGGUGAUCUGGAACAUGAGAGAUUUGAGGAUUUGCACUUUGAUGGCCUUGAGCCCUUUGAAUUCUUGGAGUUCAGCCUCAAUCCACCUCAACCUGUUCAACAUCAGGCAGUGGUUGUGCAAAUGCCUUUCUCCAGUCCUUCUACAUUCCAGCCAGAUCCGAUCGUGUCUUCCACAUCUGGGCCCUUAAAAGAUGAGCGUACCACAGCAGACACAUUUACUCCACAGGGCAUGUCACAGGAGGAUGAUGAUGAGAAUUGCCUGGGACCUGAUGAUAUUCCUGGUUAUGACCAUGUUAUUAACUUGGCCAAUAGUUUGGUUGACUUAAGAAACCAGGGAUUUGUCAAGCAGCGAAAGGUGGAUGAGAUUGUCACUCUAUGGGACAAGCUGUCAGAGCAAGACAAGGGCAAUAUCCCUUAUCCAGGUCGCCAUGAAGACAGACUGCACUUUGUGACUCCUUGCAUAGAUGGUCUGAAAAGCCGCCUUGUCGAGGCCAUUUGCCUGGCUCUCAGCCGCAUUCACCCUGCCGGUCAGACCAUUGCAGGUGUCAGGGUGAACAGGUGGGCUGCCAUCCUCCGGGAUUACUGCAUGAUUAGGGACAUAGUCCUGGACAACACUGUGAUCACGGCCCGGACGAGGAUACAGCUAUUUGACGUAAACCAGCGGACACUCUGCCAGUGGUACAACACCAGAAGGCAUAGGCAAGAACAGAUGGUUUUGAACAAAUGCAUUGACCACAUGAGGGCUCCUUUGGAGGCCUCCGCACCCCUUCCUCCUGUGCUAGAGCCCCUUCAUCAUGGACCUGUAAUUAAAGUGGAGGUGGAUGCUUCUGGACUGGACACGUGUGUUCAGGGCCAUCCUCUUCCAGUCCAGGGGAGCCCCAAGCCUUCUUAUGCAGCCCUCUUGCUAUCACCCCAAGAGCAAAGAACUGCUGACACCACACCUCCUAGUCCAAAGGUGCCCAGGACCACAGCGUGGCGACGGAGGAAGGCAGAGGAAGAAGCUGCCCAAAGAGGGUUACCCAUUAAGCGGCCAUGCGAACAGUAUGUUUGUAAAAAGUGUGGCAAACCAAAGACUAAAGAGUUUGGUCAUAGCCAGUUCCGUGGGGUCCACUUUUGUGCCAAAGCUGCUGGAAAGACUGUAGAGCAGUGGAUGGAAGAAAUGAGAAGUGGACAGGGAUCGGUGACUCAACAUGUAAAUGUUUCGUUGUAACAUUUUUGUACAUUUCCAUUGUUUAUUUUGUUCAUACAGUAUAUAGAUUGUCAGUAGUAAUUUUCAGCUAUUUAUUGGUUUUCAUUGUUCGUGUGAUUUCUGAAAUGGCAGUAUGUUUGAGGAUUCUGACUGGGCAGGAUGUCCAUAUUUUAACAAUGGAAGAUGGAGAGGGUGUUUUUAAUGUUAUUUUAAUUGUUUGGUUCUACUAAUGGUACAGAAAUGACACACUUAAAGGAAUAUUCCGGGUCCAAAACAAGUUAAGCUCAAUCGACAGCAUUCGUGGCAUAAUGUUUAGUGCCGCAAAAAUUAAUUUAGACUUGUCCCUCCUUUUCUUAAAAAAAAAAAAAAAAAAAAAAAAAAGGAAA